AUGCGGCUCGCAAAGUGCCACGCCGCUGCUUGGGCCCUCGGCAGCUCACGAUUCCUUACGCCUGCGGCUGCCGCUGCCUCGGCAUCGCCCAUCCAACCGGACCACGAGAGUGCGGGAAGAAACUGCCAUCACAUCUUCAACGCCAUCCAUUCCGCCGGUCGGCAAUGGGGCUCGGCCGUCAAGCACAACGGUCUCAGCUUCUUCCCCGCCGCGAUACCAAAGGGAACCCUGCUGUAUCAUGGAUCCAACACGGACAGCAUACCCCGAGGACCCGAGUGGCUUGCCUUCGAGGUCGAGCAUGCCGAGGCCUUUGCCUUGUCCGUCACUCUCCCGGGCAGGCAGCAUGACCAACUGGUGGGACAGAAGCCUCUGAUUCCAUCUUCUGCCCGUCGCAGAGACGCAGGCCGAGGUCAGCAAAAUAGGCGGGGUUAUCUGCACACCUACAGAGCUGAGAGGGAUCUCAAAAUACUCUACCUCGACGGAAUGAGCGCCGGCAAGACGCACAUGGGAACUCUUGAUACCCAGGAUCUCCUUCUUCGCGAGAACAACACGCCUCCCGCCUGGGACUCGUUCAUGGACGAGCUCGAUCGUGCCGGCAGCAUUUGCGACUUGAUGACCGAGUGGGCGUACGAUGGCUUCGUGCGCUUGGAGAUUGGCUUCGAAGUCGUCUAUUGCAACUUCUCCAACGGCAUCGAUCUCGUUGCCAUGAAGCGCACCCUUCUGCACCCCGAUGCGGACAAAUCACCGUACGACCCCAUGAAACCGUUCCAAUGGGCACGAGCGGCGUCGGAACGAUACGAUGGCAUAGGCGGACACCGACUCACCCUUGACUUCUCCUCCAUGGUGUCGGCCUUCUUCUUCCCCGUCGACCUAUCAAACACCGACGCUAACCGACCAGACCUGCCUCGCCUGGUCGCUGUCAGCCUCGACGAGUUGCGGGACAUCAAGGCCUACCUGCGCGAGGUUUGCACGCAGCCGCGGAGGUACACGGUCAACUGGCAGGCCGUCGUCGACAUGAUCGUGACUCGAUACUCGGCCCGCUUCGCCCUGAUGGCUUCUACCCUCCUGUCGCCUUCGGAUUUCGUCGAGGAGCUUGAUGUCGUCUCGAGAACGUACUUUGACGCGCCAUCCCUUCCGGGCGACAUCACCGUGGCGAGCCCCGAAAACAGGACGGCCGAGGCAAUCGAUUCCUGCACGGUGCACUACCUUCUCCCGACCUACCUGGACAGGGACCGAUGGGACGUCGAAGACGACAUGAUCCACACGGCCCUGAAGCGAGUCGUCGGCCAAAUCUGCAACCAGUUGUUCGUCAUGCGAGCCGUCAUCCUGAAGGCCUCGGCGCGAGAUGAUCCGUUGACCGACUUGAGCUUGACGAUGGGAAACGACGGUGGCGCACCGAAUCUGGACGAGGCUGUCGCUCGAUGUCGCCAGAGCCUGGAAAGGUUACGAGAGGAUCUCUCUUGGACAACGUGGAGGAGGCCGCAGGCGUGCCCGGUCAACGAGUUGCUCAUGAUAGCCAUGUGGCCUCUCGGCGACGCCGAGGACUACUGGACCCCCCGCUGCCGGUCGGUGGAUGAAGUCGGGUACAGCAGAAGGAGCUACUGGAGAGGCACAUGA